GGGCCAGCCUCAGCCAUGGUUCACACUUCGGCGGUUAAGGCCCAAAGCCAGUGGCCCCGCGGAGGCGGGAGCGGGGCCAUGGCCAUGGCUGAGCAAGCUGAGGCUAGUGGCGUACCCCAAAGCGCUGAAGUCAAAACUCAGCAGCCUGUAGAAAACCCCCUCGGAGGAUCGCUGAGACGGAGCCCGCGCUCCGUACUUAAAGUGUCCCAGCUGCUGCUCCGAGCCAUCUCUGCACACAAAGGGCUGACUCUGGCAACUCUCAAGAAGGAGCUUGGAAACGCUGGCUACGAAGUGCGCCGGAAGUAUGGCUGCCACUCUGGGAGCGAAAAGCCCAAGCCUGAGAUAAAGGGCACACUUCUUCGGGUCAGCGGCAGCGAUGCCGCCGGCUACUUCAGGAUAUGGAAGGUUCCGAAGCCGAAGAGAAAGACUGGACGCCCGAGGUUGGAGGAGGGUGUUCGCUCUCCCAGGAGGACCCAGUCGGUGCCCCGGAUCCCACGGAGGCGCCGCACUCUUCGCAAGGCGGCCAAGAAGGCCAGACAAAUAUGGAGACGAAAUGCGAGAGCAAGCGCCAGGGCAAGUGCAAGGGCGAAGAGGGGUAGGCCAAGAGCCAAGGACCAGGUGCGUGCCAGAGCCAAGGAAGAAGCAAGGGCCAAGGUGCUGGACGAGGGGAGAGGACGGACCACAAAGGAAGACAACAGGCCUAGGCCCCAAGAGGAGAAGAGGCCAAGCUCGAAGCCCAGGGAAGAGAAGCAGGACCCCGAGAAAGUGGUAAAACGAACCAUCCAGAAGUCGACACGGAUUAAAACCGACCGGCCUUCUAACGGGCAGGGGAAGACCUGCACAAAGAUUUCCACUAAAUCUGAAGGUCCUCGGAACGCAGUCGGGAAUCCAUAAUGUGGGAGCAGUUUCCCUUCAUCCAGGCACAAAUGCCUUUUCCCCCAGGCUCCAGCGAGAGCAGCUCUCACAUUCAUUGAAAUGGACAAAACCAUUUACAAAUACUUUCUACCA